AUGACAGACAUCAUGAUUGGGCAAGCCUUUGGCCGAAGCAAGGAGCUGCGAUCCUCAGUGCGCGAUCUGCAGCGGCAGAUGAAGCAGGCGGGUGCCACGAACUUGGCGCAGCGAGCUGGAGACUGCUAUCGACGCAUGCCAGGCCUGGUGUUGACACAAGACCAAUGCUUGGUGGAUGGCGGCAUUGGAGGACCACUUUGGAGGGCCUUGAGCGAUGCUUCGUUCAACGAGUGCUUCUUGAGUGGAUGGGACGAUGGGACGCUGCUAACUCCUUGGCACUUAGUUCAGGCUCCAGCUCUGUCCGCAGCCAUGGCUCUGCUCGAUGAAUCUGCGGAGCAUCGCAGUCGGGUGGGCCCAGAGCCGAGCCAUGGGGUUGAGGGAGCGCGCAAGAGCAAGUUUACAUUCUUUCCCUUCAAGAAGACCAGGUCGGGCUUGCUGCAGAAGUCGCCAUGCCCCAAGAAAAAUCUCGUCCUUGCGGGACUGUUGAAGUUGGCUCGUGGAGGUUGGGCUGCCCUCGGUCGCUGUAGUCGCCAGCGGCCUGGAGAGGGCUUGAUCACAGUGGUGACCUCUGGCCUUUGGGAGUAUCAGCAACGAGUGCUGUGGGCAAAGCAAACGUGGGCACAUGAUUGGCCCGAGAUUCUAUUUGUAGCAGGCGCCUCGGCUGGCAACAUUUCCUUGGGCGUGGAGGCCCUGCCGUGCGAUGAUGACGAGGAGAAGGGAGUCUGCUGCAAGACCAUCCUGGGGUUGAAGCUGGCUCUGCAGCGCUUUCCUCACGCUCAGUGGAUUGUGCGAGCAGUCGAUGACACGGUGGUCUUUCCAAAUCAGCUGGCAGCCGAAUUGCAGGUCUUCAAUGCCGAGCAGUUUGUCUAUGUGGGCGCUCCGUCGGUCACCCUCCUCUGCCAUAUGGCAAAGUAUGCCAAGCAGUGUGGGGAACUUCAUGCAGGCGGAGGAGGCGGCAUAGUUCUGAGCCGACCAUUGGCCGAGUUUCUCCUGAAUCUGGAGGACUUGUUCCUCAACGUUUGCAGGCACGAUGACGCAUUCCUGGGCCACUUGCUCCGUUACGUGCUCGAUGUCCACGUCAUGGCGCUUCCCGGGGUCCUGCAGGAGCCUCGAUUCGAACAAUUGCGCUGGUCCGGGCCGGGACUACCACCUCGAUGCACUUUGCCACUGCCCCCUCCAGUCUACUCUCCUAUGGAGGACUGGGGGCCCGUGCAGCCCUUUGCUCCCAUGGAUGCCACAAGGCUCAGCCUUGUCCACGCUGAUCUUGCAACCUGGCCGGUCUUGGCAGCUCUUCCGGAGCUGGUGGAUGCCGCAGCAAAGCUGGGUCUGCACCUCCUAGUCUACGCCGACUCACAGGGGCAUCGCAUAGUGUACCCGCAUUUUCGAGGAGCCACGACUUUUGCAGUGUGCUCCUAUGCGCACGAAGACAGGUUGAUGUCCUUCCAGGCUGCUGCGGCGACUCAUCAUUUCUGA